AUGACUAUGAGCACGGUUCUUAAAUGUUUUUCUCGUGGUUACGCUACGACCGCUCCUCGCGCUACGGAUUCUCUUCAAAAUCUUUACAUUUCUGCUUUGAAAUCUUACAAACCCAAAGCUACACCUCCUGCUGCUGCUGUUGAAGCUAAGGAAUGGGUCUUACCUGCUGCUCCUACUGCUCCCAAUUAUGAUCUCGACGUUUCCUCUGCUUUGGAUUCCUACAAGUACGAGGGUGAAACCAUCGCUGCCAAGUCAUCCCAGGAAGGUGAAAGCAUGGACUUUAUGGAAAUGUAUACAAAGGAUGAAGUAGCUCCCGCCGCCGAGCAUUAA